AUGGACGAUUUGAUCAAAAGACAGAAGAAGCUCAUUGUGUCCAAGAUCAAGCAGGGAGCAAAAAGAAGGUACAACACCUCCAGGUUAACAGAUGGCAAAUUCGAAACAAUGCUGGCAAAAGAAUUCAAAGACGUCGACAGUAAAUAUCAAUCUUUUGGUUCUCAUGUACAACUUCUCAAAAGAUACAGCAUGUUAACAAACAACGUGUUUCAUCAAAAGACUGUUCCUCACAUUUCACAUCUUGUUGGACUCCAUAAGUCCCAUAUGUUUUGCCAGUACACCAGUAAAAGAAAUCAACAUCUUGCUGCAAAACUAGAAAGAGAUCUAGCACUCGAUACUAUUAUUGAAAUCCUUGGCUUCAAGGGAGAUCGAAGUAUCAUCGACAACAUUAACACUUUGGUCGGUUUCGAGGCAAUUGAUCAAGACAGACUUAUUGAAUCACUGAAAAAAACCAUCUCUCGUAGAAUUCUAACGAAGAGGAUUUAUCACGGGUCAUUCAGUGAUCUGGAUAUAGUGAGCACAGCAAUAGCACUCCAUAAAGUUGGAUGCAUCAUGGUCGGAUUCAAUGGAAACAAGAUGGCCUUUGAAAAUGGCUGGCUUGCUUCUAGUGGAGCUGAUUUGACAGAAUCACUUGAACGAUAUCAUGCAUUGCGUGAAAAUGUUAGUGACGAUGUGCAAAAUCAGGAAUAUGUCACCUUUGGUGAACGUGGAGUUCCAGUUCCAUUGCCCGAUGAUGAACCAUUUGAAGUUGAACCAAUCAAUUGUGACCAUGAAAUUGAUGAUGAUUUAGCAACUGAAAGCACACUGAAAAAAAUCAAUGACGAUGAUCUGAAAGCUGAACUAAUUAAUUCCAGAAUUGAAAUCCUGAACUCAGAGAAUGAAAUUGACCCCAAUAUUCUCAAGAGUAAUUAUGCUGUCAAAAAAGAUAAGAUGGCAUACUAUCGUUCUUCCUUGGAAGAAGAAAACUUCCCAGUGCCUCCAGAACUCACCUCAGCCAUGAACAAAUUUCUAGAGAAUAAGAAAGAUGAUGAAACCUCAGUUGACAUGGUGUACUUCCAGAAUAUUCUCUGUGAAGAACUCAAUCUAAAAAAGUCCAUUAGAGUGCUGGCUUUGGAUGGUACGUGUGUCAAAAUCAAGGACGCUCAAUCUGAAGAUAAAUUCUCAACCCUUCUGGUCAGGAAUUGCAAAUAUGGUAAUAACAGGACCGUUCCUUGGGCUUUUGCAUUGUGUGGUAAUGAAUGUGCACAGUCGUGGACAAACUUUUUAACAACUUUCAAAUCAGCAAAUCCAUGGUUCAUUGAAAGCAUAGCCACAAAGAAUUGGUCAUGUAUUACAGACGGUGAAAAUGGAAUGAGACUUGCCAUGAGGCUACUUCAAAAUGGCUGA